AUGGGCAACAAUUUCAACUCGCAACGAAACAACCAAUCAUGUCCACCACUGCAACUCUCCAAAAGCCAACUCUCUCAAGUUCAAGCCUUUGAUGCAGUAGAACAUUUCUUUUAUGAUUGUUUUCCAACAGAUGUUCCGAUCAAAUCCCACAAAUCUUCUUCAUAUGUGACUGAAAAGUGGUUGAAUGGUAUCGUCCAAAUCGGAGAUGACUACACAAGAAUGCUCUGUGAAAUGUCUCUGCAAUUAGAGAAUCGAGAGUUGAAAUGGCUUUCUCAAAGUUUGGAGCGCAACGAAAAGAGAAAACAACUCUGGGUCAAGAAAUUGGCUCUCUCUCGAGAAAAUGUUGAAGAUGAUCUGGGUGCAAAAAUGGAAAGCAACAGUGGUGCAUCCGUGUCGAGUGGAAUCGAAUUCACCUGCUCUACUUUUGAGUUUAACAUUCAACUCUUGGACUGUAAUCAAUCAUUUAGAAUUACCAAACAUUUACAUGCAUCCAUUAUGAGCUCUUUUAGUGAGGUCUUUGAACAAGUCAUUUAUGAAGGUGUAUCCGUAAACUCCAAUUCCUUUUCAAUAUCCCUAAAACUUGAUGGAAAUUCUUUGAGUGGACUCUCCAUGUUCCAGCGAGCAAAUUCUGCCAAUCAGAAAAAAUUAUAUCUCACCAAUUUAAUUGACUUGUUGGCUCUUGCCAUUUACUGUCCAUAUUUAUUUAUUGAAUUUUGUAUAUUUGCAAGAUUGGACGAAGUACUUGAAGUGGGAGGGGAUAUUUAUGACAAGGAUUUUUACAUUAAGGACUUGAUGCAACUGUUUGAGUUGGUCAAACUGAAACAUUUAAAUGUCUUUAACGAGUAUCUGCGAUUUGAAUUGAUGAGGCAGGGAAAGAACAGAACGGAUGAUUUGUUGCAGAGUUGGGAACAUGUAAUGUUGGAAUCGUUGGUGCACGUAGGCACAGGUGAAACAGACAACUCCACACCCUCUACAUCAAUGAUAAUGGAAAUGGCUCCCUGUCGUGAGGAACUCAUUACAUUUUCCUCCAAUUUAGAAGGUCAAUCAGAAAUCGAGACAACCAUCUCUGUCGUCAAGGAUCUUGUCUUGUGUCGAUCCAACUUUUUUAACACAAUGAUUUCAAGUGGAAUGAGUGAAUCUCAACAACAUGUGAUUGGACUUGAAUGCUCCAUCGAAGUUAUGAAAAAUAUGUUUAAUUUUGUAUAUACAGGAUCAUUUACGAAUGAGUCUAUUGCUAUUGAGUUGUUAAUGUAUUGUGAUAUGGUUGGAUUCAAACAUCUUUCGAAUCGAUGUGCUCAUGUCAUUAAGAAGAAUAUUACAUCCAUCGAGGAGGCAAAAACCAUCUACGAUUUAGCGAAAUCGUUUGAACACAUUCGAGCAUUUGAGCUUAUUAAGAUCUAUACCGUUCUAUAUUGCUAUUAUAAGGAAAUUUAUAGACAAAAUUUUGCCAAUGCACAAGAUUGGGCCGUUCCUGAAGAAAUGAAAAAGAACGAGCGUGUGGAAGACUUUACUUUACAAUCGACGUGUUCUCCUUCAGCUACUGUACAAAAGAACUAUUAUAGAAGUUAUGAGGAAUAUCGAAUAGUGUGUUAUGGUAUUGGAACAAAAUCUGGAGCCAAUCGAUUGCUCUAUCAACGAGCUCACAAAAAAUUUGACAACUCUACUCUCUAUCAAAAAGAUGGAAUUUAUUAUGGGCCCAUUUUGCACUGUGGAGUACUGACGAAAUCUUCACCAAUUAAUGACUCUGUUGGAAAAGUGAUCUUGUGUUUGUCUGUAUUGUUUGAAGGAGAUGUUGAGAGAGAACUGACAGAAAUUUUCAAUAAGAUUCCAAAACUUGUGAAACGCAGAGCAGUUCGUCUGUGUUUAACCAUGUGUGAUUUACCUCGUGCGGUGUGGAAAAUCGAUCGAGAUGCAUUAUUCACUCUCGCUAUUCGCCAUGGAAUUCUUGUCAUUGAAACUUCGGCAUUGUUGGGCGUUAAUGUUUCAUUUGAUUUCUAA